AGGGAACUGACUUGGAGUUAUUGAGGGUUUUGGAAGGCAAGGAAUUGUAUUUCUUUGGACCUGGUUUUUCCUGUGACUUUAUUCAAGGGUAUUGUUAUUGGUGGCAUUUGAAUAUUGAGGCCAGAUUAUGCAGUUCAGGUCCUGAUAACGCAAAACCACUUCUUCUGUUUGUUGAAUCAAAAAACACUUUCAACCCUGUCACUCGUGGCGCCUACAGAUAAGUCCAAUGGUUGUCGGAAAUGCUGGUCUUUCAUGAGCCAUCCUCGUUAUGGAUUUCAUGCGGGUUUUGAUGCCUCCACGGCCAGUGAUCCUAAGAAAUUGUUGGAAGACGAUGCUGUCAAAUUGUCACAACUUGCACUACAGGACUACAACGAGACACAUAGAACAAACUUGAAGUUUGAAAAGGCUUUGGGAGGCAAUAGUUUUACUUGUACUGGGAUUUCAAUGGACUUUGCCGAGAAGAGUACACGUUGGGUGCAUGUGAACUUUGAGGCAAGGGUGGGUUUUCGUCACAGGGAACAAUUGCACCGCAUGUUUGCCGAACUCUACUAUGUGGAGAAUGAUGAUAAAUACGUGAUUGCUACAUUGUUACCCGCCGAGCCUGAAGAGCAGCCAGAGCCAGACACUAUUGACCCGUGGACAGAUGGUUACCCAGAGAGUGAAUGCGCCAUCUGCCCAGGCGAGAUUCGCCAUCCAUGGCGUGCUUAUCGUUUUGGUUUCAACUAUCCACCGAGGAUUAUACCACGAGAAGAUCCAUUUUACCUUCUGUAAUACAAUGCAUCCAACUGCUCUUUAUGGUCGCUCGAGUUAAUGUAUAGUUUUUUAUAAUCCUUGUAUGGUGCUAUACCACCUGACCGAACCUUAAUCCGUUGAACUCUUUGUUUUCUGUUAAUCUCAAGGAAUAUUUUAUUAUAUGCCUUCAUAUCCUUCAAGUUGAACUGAUUUGUGUCUAGCUAGCUUUAUGAUUAAAGGCCUUGGAUUGUGCCCACAAUAGUAGUCAAUU